CUUGUGUCGUCACUCGGUUUCUUAAAAGGUGGAAGCAGACCGCCGCUUCCUCGUAGCGAGCCUGGUGGCUGCUGUUUGCGUUGAAACGUGACCGUGGCCUGACCUUAAAGGGGAGGGAACAAAGGGGGGACCGGAGUCCUUUAAAACUAGGCGGGCUGGUGCCUGCCCCUUUAAGGGCGGGGCUUGCCGACGACUGAAUCCGAGCUCUGCAGUACCCCGAGUUUCCGUCGCAGGCUGCGAGGAAAGGCUCCUUGGCUGGGUCCGGGUGUUUGGCGGCGGCGGCGGCUUCAUCCCCGCUCGUCCUCCCCGGGCCCGGAGACACCCCAACUCCAGUCAUGCUGAGCAGAGUAUGGAAGCAGCUGACUACGAAGUGCUAUCCGUGCGAGAGCAGCUAUUCCACGAGAGGGUCCGCGAGUGCAUUAUCUCAACCCUUCUGUUUGCGACACUCUACAUCCUCUGCCACAUCUUCCUGACCCGCUUCAAGAAGCCUGCUGAGUUCACCACAGUGGAUGAUGAAGAUGCCACAGUCAACAAAAUUGCGCUCGAGUUGUGCACCUUUACCCUGGCGGUCGCCCUGGGUGCUGUCCUGCUCCUCCCUUUCUCCAUCAUCAGCAACGAGGUGCUGCUCUCACUCCCUCGGAACUAUUACAUCCAGUGGCUCAACGGCUCCCUCAUCCACGGCCUCUGGAACCUCGUUUUUCUAUUCUCCAACUUAUCCCUCAUCUUUCUCAUGCCCUUUGCAUACUUCUUCACCGAGUCUGAGGGCUUCGCUGGCUCCAGAAAGGGUGUCCUGGGCCGGGUCUAUGAGACGGUGGUGAUGUUGAUGCUCCUUACUCUGCUGGUGCUGGGCAUGGUAUGGGUGGCGUCAGCCAUUGUGGACAACAACAAGGCCAGCAGAGAGUCACUCUAUGACUUCUGGGAGUACUACCUCCCCUACCUCUACUCAUGCAUCUCCUUCCUCGGGGUCCUGCUGCUUCUGGUGUGUACUCCGCUAGGUCUUGCCCGCAUGUUCUCGGUCACUGGGAAGCUGCUGGUCAAGCCCCGGCUGCUGGAAGACCUGGAGGAGCAGCUGUACUGCUCAGCCUUUGAGGAGGCAGCUCUGACCCGCAGGAUCUGUAAUCCCACCUCCUGCUGGCUGCCUUUGGACGUGGAGCUGCUGCACAGACAGGUCCUGGCCCUGCAGACACAGAGGGUCCUGCUGGAGAAGCGGCGGAAGGCUUCAGCCUGGCAGCGGAACCUGGGCUACCCCCUGGCCAUGCUGUGCUUGCUGGUGCUGACGGGCCUGUCUGUGCUCAUUGUGGCCAUCCACAUCCUGGAGCUACUCAUUGAUGAGGCUGCCAUGCCCCGAGGCAUGCAGGGUGCCUCCCUGGGCCAGGUCUCCUUCUCCAAGCUGGGCUCCUUUGGUGCCGUCAUUCAGGUUGUACUCAUCUUUUACCUGAUGGUGUCCUCAGUUGUGGGCUUCUAUAGCUCUUCACUCUUUCGGAGCCUGCGGCCCAGAUGGCAUGACACAGCCAUGACGCAGAUAAUUGGGAACUGUGUCUGUCUCCUGGUCCUAAGCUCAGCACUUCCCGUCUUCUCUCGAACCCUGGGGCUCACUCGCUUUGACCUGCUGGGUGACUUUGGACGCUUCAACUGGCUGGGCAAUUUCUACAUCGUGUUCCUCUACAACGCAGCCUUUGCAGGCCUCACCACACUCUGUCUGGUGAAGACCUUCACUGCAGCUGUGCGGGCAGAGCUGAUCCGGGCCUUUGGGUUGGACAGACUGCCGCUGCCUGUCUCCAGUUUCCCCCGGGCAUCUAGGAAGACCCAGCACCAGUGACCUCCAGCUGGGGAUGGGGGGGAGAAAACUGGACACUGCCAUCUGCUGCCUAGGCCUGGAGGGGAGCCUGAGGGUAGUUGGACCUCAGGACCAGGAGUCUGAGAGGGUGGAUGGCAGAGGGGAGCUGAGCCAUCUGCACUGUUGCAUAAUCUGAGCCAGAGUUUGGGACCAGGCCCCCCAGCUUUUCAAGACUCAGCAUGGGGCAAGGCUGGGUGAGUGGCUCUAGCUCCUGGUCCCAAAUCUGUUUACACAUCAAUCUGCCUCACUGCUGUUCCGGGCCAUGCCUGUAGCCAUGUUUACAUGAUUUGAUGUGCAAUAGGGUAGGGGAGGGGAGGGACUGGGCCAGGGCAGGCCAGGAGGCAGGUUGUCUCCCUUGCCUCUGGCCCAGCAGAGCCUAAGCACUGUUCUAUCCUGGAGGGGCUUUGGACUACCGGCAAGAGUAAGGGCAUAGGGAAAAGGAGGCUACACCCAUCAGCAAUAAAGUUAAUCUCAGAGUUUGCUUUGUUUUUUUAAAAA